CAAAGAAUCGAAUGUGAUGAUGUAGUUUCAUGAACUCAAUCAACAUGAGAGUGUUGAUCGUAAUCAAGUGUCCGUUAAAGUAAAGCAAAAAAAAAAAAGGAAAAAAAAAAAAUUAUUAUCAAAAAUGAUGAAAAAAUUUACAAGUGAUUUUUUCAAUUGGCAAAAAUUUUUAAUCAAUCAUUAGAGUUUUAUUUGUGAAAGUUUUUUCUUUUUUUUUUCUUUUAGUGAUUCCACACACACCAAAUUUUUUUUUAAGCUUUAUAAUUAAUGAAGUACAGAAGAGACUGGAGAUUGGGACGAGAGUAAGAUGAGAUUAAAAAAAAUUGGUUCAUCACUUUGGAUGAUAAUGAUGCCAUUGUUGCCAUUGCACACAAUCAACGCGAUUGACAAGGAAUCGAGUGACGUUUAUUUAAAAACAGUAAUGAACGAACUACAAACAUUUAAUAAUCCUGUCUUUCAUAAUAAUCUGAUUAAUAAUAAUAAUAAUUUAAAUAAUAAUCGAAAUAAUUAUAAUAAUAAUAAUAAUCAGAACGAAAUCUCAUCAAAUCAUCUUUCUCAUUCAAUGUCAAUUUCAUUUCAAAAUGGACAAAAAAAUGUCAAUAGUAUUCACCAUCGUUAUUGGAAAACUAAACCGGAUUAUUAUCAUCAAUUUGAUUACAAUCGAUAUCCUGGUAAUCAAAUUUCUAUUAAGAAAAUUGAUAAUGAUUUUCUUCCAAUCGCCACCGACAAUCAGGAAAUUGUGUUGCGACCCCAAAUGAUUAAUAAUAAAUCAUGGAAGGAAGAACCACUUGGAAUGACAAAAAUUCAAUUAGCUGCAAUGUAUGAAAAUGCAUUAAAAAAAGGUUCACCUGUGGGACUUGUACCACUACUCACGAAUUCUAUUUCUUCACAAGGAAAAACACCGCGUGUCACAUCAAAUCAACUAGAAAUACCCACAUCACCACAAUAUAGUUACUAUUUUUUUCCCCUUCAAUCAUUUGGAAAUGAACUUAGAAAUAAUUAUGGCUACAAAACAAUACCUGACAACGUAAUGCAAGAUACAAAAAUAAUGGAAACAAAUAAAGAAAUGACAAAUCCAUUAUUUGUGGCUGUUAGCAGUUUUAUUGGUAUGGCUUUAUUAUUUAUGAUGGGUGUUUUGUUAUUUCCUCAAGUGAAAAAUUUUGUCCCGAGGGAACAACGGGAAAACGAUUUACUACUUCAAUUGACGACAUUUGUCCUUGAAGCUGUCGAUAGUCGAAAUAAUCGAUUCACACAGGGACGUAGUGGGAAAAAUUUCAACCAUCGUAAACAUAAUAUUCAAAGAUAAGAAAAAUAAUUUUUUUUUUUUUUUUUUUUAAAGACGAAAUCUCACAAAAUAGCGUUAAAAAAUGCCAAAUUUUAAUUUUUAAAUUACUAUUAAUUAUAAUUUAAUAAUAAAAAUUGUACGCGAAACAUUUUUUUUAUAAUUAAAAAAAAUACAAACACACUUUGAAUAAAAAUUCCCUAGUUUAAUACAGGGGCGUAUGCAAGGGAGACGGAAGUUUCUACACACGCCCCUGAAAUAACUGUCCAAAUUCAAAAUUUAAAACCGUUGAUAUAAAAUUAUAAAAUAGGGAGAAUUUCCAAUAUUUUCCUUCUGAAAUAAGAAAUGUUAAUAAAAUUAAAUUCCAAUGUAUUCGAUUUGAAAUAAAAAUGAUAAAAAAAAUCAA